GCGGCGAGCCCUAUGAGCGGCACGCGGUGCCCUGUCGUGUCGUGUCGCGAGUGCAAAGUGAAGUGCUGUGCGUGGUGGAGUGCGUCGCCUUUCUGGAUACCACUGCCGCGGCGCACCGCGAGGACGACGGCGGAGGACGCAGCGCGCUGACCAUGGGCCUCUGAGUCGCCGCGUCGCCGCGUCGCCGCCGCCAACAUGAGGCUCCUCGCCCUGGUGUGGGGCGCCGCCCUGGCCUCCAGUGUGGGGGCGUUCAUCGUCCCGGACCAGCUGGUGUCGCUGCUCACCGUCGUCUACUCCGUCAUCCCGCCCAUCAAGAAAGGCACCGACUCCCGCGUGGGCUUCGGCUACCGGUUCGGCCCGUUCGCCGACGUGCAGGUGCUGCUGGAGCUGGGCCCGCAGACGGAGACGCGGCCCAUCAUCGGGGACACGGACGCCCCCAACGGCGGCAAGCGGCAGGCCGACCCCGCCAAGCGUGGGUCCCCCACGGACGACAUCCAGGCCCUGGACCAGGAGGCCAACAAGCUGGGCAACGCCCGGUCGGCGAGGUCCGGGCCCGCCCCGGCCGCGUUUGCUGCCGCCCCCGCGCCGCCACCGCCGCCACCGCCGAGCCAGUCGGACUGGCUGUCCCGGUGGCGGUCCAGCGUCAACACGGCCUCCGCCUCCGCCGCCGUGCCCGUCCGGGUGCCGGCGCCCCCGCAGCCCAGGCGCGUCGUGGCCGACGGCCGGCCGCGGCCCGUGAGGGCGCCCGCCGCCGUCGCCGUCCCCGCCUUCGCCGCCCCCGCGGCCCCGCAGCGGACCUCAGCGGAAGCGCGCUGGGAGGCCAUGCAGAGGCUGCGGAGCCUGCACUGGGCCGGCCAGCAAGGCUGAUGCGUGCUGCGGCGUCAUCCUCCGGACGUCCCGCUGCGUGAUGCCUGCGGUCACCGACGUGGACGUCCUCUCGAACUAUUUGUCUGACGGACCUCCCUGGAAGACCUUGAAGACUGUGGUCUGGUUCUAGUUUGAAGUGCCGGGCGCGUUGGGUGGCUCCACGCGUCCCCUCCUCUGUGAAUAGUCUGUGUUAUGGAAUAAAGCGUGGUUAACCAGAGUGAGCCAACAGGCAACGCA